GAGUCCGCCCAGACACCACCGCCUCCCAGCCGCGGGAGCGCUCCACACCACGCUCCCGGUUCGUCGCGGGCGGACUGCUCGGCGGAAGCAGCUGGUGGGACCCAGGAUCUAAGUCCCUGGCUCGGAUUGCAAGAGCAGGGAGAACCGCCGAGCCCCGGGCGCGUCACCACUGCCCGCCCCUGAUUGGCCAGCCGCCCUGGCCCGGCACCAGAGGAUUGGCGCCGCCAGUGGCCAGAGCCGGAGUAACUGGAUUCGGGGCAGUGGGGUCGCAGUCCCAACGCAAGAGCCUGGCUUCUGCGCCGUGUCCAGAGCUGCGAGUGGGAUCUGGUCGUGAGGCGUGCAUCAUGCCUUAUGUGCUCAUCAGCACCCAGAUCCGCAUGGAGGUGGGCCCCACCAUGGUGGGCGAUGAACACUCAGAUCCAGAGCUGAUGCAGCAUCUGGGGGCCUCAAAGAGAAGUGUCCUGGGAAACAACUUUUACGAGUACUACGUCAACGACCCUCCUCGCAUAGUCCUGGACAAGCUGGAACGCAAGGGCUUCCGGGUGUUGAGCAUGACAGGGGUGGGCCAGACACUGGUGUGGUGCCUGCACAAGGAGUGACCUUCUCCUGAUUGCAGAAGGGGCACUCCUCCUUUGGAGGGUCUGCCAUGGGCCCUGCCCCCAUACUGUCCCACUGACUGCCUCUCUUCCCAAAUUGUUUCCUUCUCCAGUUUGGCACCAAUGAGCACUGAACUGCCUCUGAAAUCCUGCUCCAGUCAAUGGGGAACAGGCCCCUUGCCCCAGUGCUCCCAGCUGUCCUCUGGCUGCAGCCGACCCUUGCAGUAGGCUGGGUUCUGGGGGCAGGUGUCCACUGCAGCUGGUCAUUCCAGUGGAGGAUGCCCUGGGACCUGGACAGACAGGUCCUGAGCAGCUAGUCCAAGCCAAUAAAUGGCUUUGAUGAGUGGUUGCUACUGUA